AUGUCGUCAAUAUAUGAUGUUAUAGUUAUUGGGGGAGGAUUAUCAGGUUCGCAAUGUGCAGCCGAUUUAAAGGCAAAUGGUGUCAACGUACUAUUAAUCGAGGCUAGAAAUAGAUUUGGUGGACGUACAGAGUCCAUAAAGGUAGAUGAUUUUUGGUAUGAUUUGGGCGGUCAGUGGAUGGGAGGCACCCACAAUAUACUCAAGAGUGUGUGUAACGAUUUAAAUAUACAACCAAUCUCUCAGUACAAUGAAGGAAACCAUAUUCUCGAAUUGAACAACAAACAUAACUGCUACAAGGGGAAUGUAUCGACACUAAACUUGGACGGUAAUUUGGAAAACACCAUUGCCAUCAUUGACAAGAUGUCCGAGGAAUUGGACCCUGCCAAACCAUACGAUCAUCCCAGAGCCAAGGAAUGGGACAAUAUUACAUUGUCCAAUUGGGUCAAUGAUAAUGUCAAAGGAGCCGAUAUCAUCAAGAUUUUAGCCUGGUUUUGCAAGGUUUGUUUGGCAGCCGAGCCAACAGAGAUUAGUUUCCUGUGGUACUUGGCUUUCAUCAAGUCAGCCGGUGGCUUUGACUUGUUGGCCGGUGUCCGUGGUGGCGCCCAACAAGACCGUCUGAUUGGCGGUACACAACAAAUAUCGGAAAAGUUGGCCCGUGAAAGAGUCGGCCAGUUUAAGCUCAACUGCAAGGUUGUCGGUAUCCAUCAAGACAAUGCCGGCGUGACCGUGUUGAUCGAGGGUGGCCAGCGCCUACGCGCCAAGUAUGUCGCCAACACCAUUCCACCUGCUUUGGCAGGUCGCAUAGAUUACAAGCCCGCUCUACCAGCAUCGCGUGACUCGCUCACUCAACGUAUGCCAAUGGGCUCGAUCCUCAAGACUAUCGUCAUCUACGACGAACCCUUCUGGCGCAGAGACGGCUUCUCUGCAGAGGCUACUUCCGAACACGGUCCCAUCGUAUCAUGCUUUGACUACUCGUCCAAUGACGGCAAAUCCAAUGCUAUUGUCGGUUUCAUCGCUGGUCAAGACGCUCGCGAGUGGGGCGAAAAGUCACUAGAAGCCGGCAAAAAAGACGUCAUCGAAUGCUACGGUCGUUGGUUUGGCCCACAAGCUCUCAGCCCCAAGAACUACCUCGAAAAGGACUGGAAGAACGACGAGUUUGCCAGAGGUGCCUACCUAGCAUUUGCUCCACCCGGAACCCUCACCGCCUGCGGCAAGGCUCUACGUGAGCCAGUUGGAAGAAUGCAUUUUGCCGGUACUGAGACAGCCACCCAAUGGAUUGGAUACAUGGAAGGUGCCUUGGAAAGUGGUUUCAGAUGCUCUAAAGAAUUACAAGAAAGAUUAAAACAUGACCAACCAUCUAUUAUUGCCAAGCUAUAA